CCUCCUCAUUUUGUGAGGCGCGUUCCAUCGGCUGCUCCAGCCUCCCUUCCCGCAGCCGCUGGAGAGACGGGUUGCAGCUGCCAAGCGCGGCGGCGCCGGCGGGAUCUGUUUGGCUGCCUCUUAAACCCGGGGUGUCGAGAGCGUGUGAAGAACCAGCCGAGUCAGCGCGGGCGGAGGAGGGGGAACCACGCAGUAAUUGGAUUUUUAAAAAAUUACUGAAAGCUCCUGGAGUAAAAUGCGCGGAUCAAGCGGGAGAAGCAAUCGUAAUCCGUUUUAACUCUGAAGCCUAAAUCCCAGGCUUUUUUUUUCUUUAAAGGAACGGAGAGCAGGCGGAAUUGCCACGGAGGGACUUUCUCAAGGACUUCGGCUGUUCUUCCACACCCAACGCCUCCAAGGAAACUUCGCGCGGCGGGGAAAAGACUCUAGCCCCUGCGAUUUUGUUGAGAACCAAGUACUUUUUGGACAAACCGAGGCGUGUGUUUGUCCCGGAGGGGAGACAAACGCGGAGAGGCUUCCCGGUCCUCGCUGCUUCGCAGACGGGUCACUGCACAGUCCUUUGGCGAACGAUCAACGGGAGAGCGGGCUGAGCGAGCGAUCCGCCCCCCUCCCGCCUCCCCCACCCGAGAGCAGGCGGCUGCAAGAGCAAGCAGAGCCAGCCCCGCCGCCGCCGCCGCCGUGUGACCCCUUUUGCUGCUCGCCCUGUUGGAGAAAAGUCGUGGAGAUCCGGGCGGCUCUUGCCUUGGGAGCCACGCGGCGCCGGGCUGCGCAGACCUCCCUUGUGCUCCGCGCCUCUCUCCCGGGUGCGCGCGUGUUCGGCUUCUCCGGCUGCCCGCUGCUGCGCCGGAUCAUGGGCCGGGGAGCGUCGAGCAGGAGGCGGGCGGCGCCCCUUCCUCCUCCCGCGGGCCUGUGGGCCUUGGCGUGGUGCGCCCUCGUCUGGGGCCUCCCUCGGGGCGCCGGGGCGCAGCCUUACCAGGGCGAGAAGGGCAUCUCCGUGCCGGACCACGGCUUCUGCCAGCCCAUCUCCAUCCCGCUGUGCACGGACAUCGCCUACAACCAGACCAUCCUGCCCAACCUGCUGGGGCACACGAACCAGGAGGACGCGGGCCUGGAGGUGCACCAGUUCUACCCGCUGGUGAAAGUGCAGUGCUCGCCCGAGCUGCGCUUCUUCCUGUGCUCCAUGUACGCGCCCGUCUGCACCGUCCUGGAGCGGGCCAUCCCGCCGUGCCGCUCGCUGUGCGAGAGGGCGCGCCAGGGCUGCGAAGCCCUCAUGAACAAGUUCGGCUUCCAGUGGCCCGAGCGCCUCCGCUGCGAGAACUUCCCCGUCCAGGGCGCCGACGAGAUAUGCGUGGGCCAAAACACCUCGGACACCUCCGGGGGCGCGGGAGGGACGGGCGGCGGCACCCCCGGAGGCGGCUAUCCGGCCGCCGCUUCCCCCACUCCCCUGCUGCCCGACCCCCCGUCGCACCCUCUGCCCCCCGCCAGCUCUGCUUUCUCCUGCCCCCGCCAGCUCAAGGUGCCCCCUUACCUGGGCUACCGCUUCCUGGGCGAGAGGGACUGUGGCGCCCCCUGUGAGCCGGGCCUGCCCCACGGGCUGAUGUACUUCAAGGAGGCGGAGGUGCGCUUUGCCCGCCUGCUGGUGGGCAUCUGGUCCGUGCUGUGUUGCGCCUCCACCCUGUUCACCGUGCUGACGUACCUGGUGGACAUGCGGCGCUUCUGCUACCCAGAGAGGCCCAUCAUCUUCCUCUCCGGGUGCUACUUCAUGGUGGCGGUGGCCUACGUGGCCGGCUUCAUCCUGGAAGACAAGGUGGUGUGUGUGGAACGCUUCUCCGAGGACGGCUACCGCACGGUGGUGCAAGGUACCAAGAAGGAGGGCUGCACCAUCCUCUUCAUGAUCCUCUACUUCUUUGGCAUGGCCAGCUCCAUCUGGUGGGUCAUCCUCUCACUCACCUGGUUCCUGGCGGCCGGCAUGAAGUGGGGCCACGAGGCCAUUGAGGCCAAUUCCCAAUACUUCCACUUGGCUGCCUGGGCCGUGCCAGCCAUCAAGACCAUCACUAUCCUCGCCAUGGGGCAGGUGGACGGAGAUGUUCUCAGUGGGGUCUGCUACGUGGGCAUCUACAGCGUGGACGCCCUGCGGGGCUUCGUCCUGGCUCCGCUCUUCGUCUAUCUCUUCAUCGGCACCUCCUUCCUGCUGGCUGGCUUCGUGUCCCUCUUCCGCAUCAGGACCAUCAUGAAGCACGAUGGCACCAAGACUGAGAAGCUGGAGAAGCUGAUGGUGAGGAUUGGGGUCUUCAGUGUCCUCUACACGGUGCCGGCCACCAUUGUGCUGGCCUGCUACUUCUACGAGCAGGCCUUCCGGGACACCUGGGAGAGAACCUGGCUCCUGCAGACCUGCCACAGCUACGCCAUCCCUUGCCCUGCCAACGUGGCCCCCAUGAGCCCCGACUUCACGGUCUUUGUCAUCAAGUACCUCAUGACCAUGGUGGUAGGCAUCACCACUGGCUUCUGGAUUUGGACGGGCAAGACUCUCCAGUCCUGGCGCCGUUUCUACCACAGACUCAGCACCGGGAGCAAAGGGGAGACUGCUGUAUGAGUUUUCCUCCACCACUCAUGCCCAAUCCAGGCAGGCCGUCUCCCCAAAGCUGCUCUCUUGCUUCUUGUGGAGAAGACUUGAUUAUAGAAGGAAAGAGGGAACUGGUGGGAUGCCUGCUGUUUUCUUUCAAACUCUGCCUCUUCUUCUUGCCACCAAAAAGAUAAAGAUGGUUGCUGGCGUGUUUCUCCUUGCUGGCUGGCUAAGUUGAAGAACGCAGAUUUAAGUGUCCUUCUUAAGACUGCUCUUCGGGACAGUAAAUUUCAUAACCCUGUGAGAAUUUCUUUACUUCCCAUCCUUUAAAAAAAGAAAGUGCUGCAGCAUCUGUUCAAAGGGAAAUGUUGGGAUUGUGCCAAGGAUAGAAGCUGGGGAGACUGCAUAGGAAGGGGAGAAAAGCAAUAUACACCCCCCC